CCAUAGGUAAUCAUUUCAAUGGAUGGAAUGAAAUAGCACUGACAUAGUUUGUGAGGACCGAAUGGAUAAAUUGUCUUUCUUCUGCUUCAGGUGCUUUGAAGCGUGUAUUCUGAAACCUCUACAACCGAGAAUGGUAGACGUUGCUUGGGCAGUGGUAAUAACUAGUGUUUUGACUCUAACUUUGGCACAGACCAAUGAUAUCAACAAGUUUGAAUACAACUACUCGUUGAUGCGAAAUGCACUUCAAGAAGGAGAAGAUAACUUAGCUGGAUAUAAGCAAGUCUAUACAGAGAAUGAACAGAUUGUGUAUAAUUACCUUGAGUACCUUAAAUGGAAAGAAUUUCAAAGAACGCGUGAUGAUUUCCCGCCAGCAAGACCACUUAAACUUCAUAUAGACGACAUCAAAAUGUCAGAAAUAUACAAGCUGCUUAUAAAAUUUCCAAAAGGCGGAAAUAUACAUUUGCACCAUAAUCACGUAGUGACCAAGCAAAAAAUGCUUGAGUUGAUAUUUUCCAGUUUUUUAUACGACCAUUUAUAUGUCAAAGCUAGUGCACCUGGUAUGUGGAAUCUGGACUUUUUCUUGAGUCCUCCUCAAGGAUGGAACAAAGUCAAAGACAAUCAGUCAUAUUCCAAAGAUAUACUGGUAAAACAUGCGACAUUCCUUGGUGUUAUUGACAUGAAAGCAACCAACGACCCAACAAACAGUGAACUACGAUGGGAAGAAAUGAACCCUUUGUUUGAUGUUUUGGGGUCCAAUAUUAUCAAUCAUGCAAAUUUUUCAAAGGUUUACACGAACGCGUUACUUCAACAAGCAAUGGAUGAAAAUGUUCAAUAUUUAGAAACUAAGUCGUCAUCGUCUAAUAAACUGUACGUGCUAGAUCCAGACAGAAGCUAUUUGGGAAAAAAUGGAAAACGCUUCAUUGACAAUGACUUAGGUGAGCUGGAAUUACAAUUUACAAGUGAGGUUGUCCAAAAGUUCAAACAAAAUAAUCCAAACUUCAUCGGAUACAAAAGAAUCGUUAACUCUUAUCGUGGUGGAGAUGAACAAUAUAUUUUGAAAAAUGCUAACAAAGCGCUGACCUUAUUUGAAAAGUAUCCUGAUUUGGUAUCGGGAUUCGACCUUGUGGCUGAGGAAGAUAAAGGGUAUUCCCUUUUAUUUUACCUUGACGAUUUUGCGAAGAUGGCGGCUCAGAAUGUCUCGUUACCAUACUUUUUUCAUACCGGAGAAACUAACUGGCCAGACGAUCUCCUUUCUUCAGUACAUAACGACGACCCUGUUCCGACAAUGGGGAAUAUUUACGACGCAAUUCUUCUUGGCGCCAAACGAGUAGGUCAUGGAUUAGGAUACGUGAAACAUCCCUAUCUCAUGGAAGUUUUGAAAAAGAAGAACAUCGCAAUAGAAAUUAAUCCAGUUAGCAACAAAAUGUUAGGUUACGUUGCAGAUCAGAGACAUCAUCCGGCCAUCACUUAUCUUCGUUAUGGAAUACCUAUUGUACUGGGUUCCGACGAUCCUGCUACCUUUGGCUAUGAUGAAUUUACCGUCGAUUGGUAUGAGGCUUUUAUGAGUUGGGGACUUAAUCUGGCCGAUCUGCGACAUCUAGCUUUCAAUUCCUUACGUUAUAGUUCUCUCUCUAGAUCAGAAAAGAACACGGCUUACAAAAAAUGGACACUAUCAUAUGACAAUUUCAUACUCAAUACAAAGACAGUUGCAUGUAAACAGAUAUUUCAAAACACUUCUCCACACAUUUCUAGAAUUUUUCCACAGGAAGGCGACAUGAAAGGUGGCACAAAAAUAAUUGUAUUUGGAAGAAACUUUCACGUUGCUAUAUGCAAGAAAAUAGUAUGUAAAUUUGGCGAUGUAACAACAACUGGGACAUUUGUAUACAGCCAUAGAAUUACGUGCAACUCUCCAGGACUAUCUCAUAGCGGUACAACACAUUCACGCGUUGUUCCAUUGACCAUCUCGCUCGAUGGUGGUUUAACGUACAUACAGAACACAUUUACUUUUACGUAUUUACAAAACAUUCACUUAUUAAUUCCGGAUAUUAUUGGAUAAUGAAAAUUUGCUUUCCUACAUAAAAUGAAAACAGUCAAAUGUAACUAAAUCCAUUGGAUGUUGGGUGUGUACUAUUGGAUACUUUAGUCUUAGAUGCAUUGAUUUUUAUUAGUUGUUAUUGAUUUUGAACCAGCUUUCAGUGACUGGAAGUAAUCUCAGAUUUGUACUUGGUGACUUUUUUUAUGUCGGGAUGUACAAGUACCCGGCAACUCUAUUUUGUUGUUAUGUGUAUUUCUAUUUGUAUCCAGCUGAUGAGUAAAGUCUUUUUUCAACUGAUCAUUACAUCGACUGACCGUGAGGGCAUUUCGGUGUAUUGUUGCCACAUACAUUUCUACUCACAAGACUUUCGUUUUUGACUGAAACUGUGGCUUCAUUAUAAUUCGUUGAAUACCAAUUAUCGUAUGUUUCGUGGGUCAAUGUGAACCACGAAAUCAAUUGAUCAACGAAUGACAAAUUUCCUUUAGGUGUCUAUGUAAACUUCGAGAAAACAACGAAAUUCAAUAUCCACAAACAUAUAAGUUUCCCUUAAUCAACAAAAACUGGUACCCACGAAAAUAAAGAAAUAUAGUAUAAUAAUGUGUAUGACUACAAUAUGAUAGUUAUAACGAGGAGGUUGAAUUCCCUGUAAUUCCUUCAUCAUCUGAUGUUCAGUACUUUUGUUAUAUGUCGUUCUUAUAUUUAUAUUGUACUGUCACAGAACUGUAUGGAGGUAGGGUUGGAUCUCCCUUACAAGAUUAACCAUUCCACGUUAAUUUUUGUACAUUUAUUAGGCCGUUAGUUUUCUCAUUUGUGAUUUCGGGGUCCUUUAUAGCUGACAAUGCAGUAUAGGCUUUGGCCAUUGUUGAAGGCCGCAGUGGCGGAUCCAAAAUUUGUUAGUUUGGGAGCCCGAUCCAGUCACCCUUCAGUGAUUCCCUAUAGAAGCAACCAAUUUUUUCCCCAAAUGGGGGGAGGGCCCCCGGCCCCUCCCCUAAAUCCGCCUCUGGGCCGUAUAUUGAAUUAUAGCUGUUGAUUUCUGUGUCAUUUUUUCUCUUAAGGGAAGUUGUCUCAUUAACAAUCGUACCACAUCUUCUUUUCUAUAAUACAAAAUCAUUUGCUAAAAAAAAGGUGUUUCUAGCAUCUAAUCCUUGUUCUUAAAUAUCUGUCAGCGAAUCGACUUAAAUUUACUUUAGUUUUGGGUACAUUCGAAAAUAACAUUGAUGAGUUAGUAGUCAAGUUUUUUACAAGAUAUUUCAGAUUAUCUGUCUGUUAAAAAAGGUAAUAAUUCUUCUUCAGAGGACGAAAGAAAAUCUUUAAGAGUAAUGUUAUCACCUUGUCAAAUACAAGUGUUUUCAGUUAUUUUAUUCAAUUGAGAGGCUACACAUUAUAUACACAGGUAUACAAUGAAAUUUAUCAUACUUACUCAUAGCGCUAGUUCUGGGAUAUUAUUGUAAGUUUAAUCCUUCAUGUGACAUCCAUCACUUCGUUACAAAAAUGUAAACAUAGCAACUUUGAAUACGUAUUGAACGAACGGAUGAAUCCGUUUGAUCUUAUACUGCAAAAUCUUUGUAAAUAAAAUUUUUUUGAUAAAUUGGUCACCU